AAUGUAGAUUGUGGACACUGUAAUGAAGUCCAAAACAUAUGAUGUUGGUGAAAAGAGAAAACGUAUGGCUAUCCUAUCCUUUUUUUGUUAGUCCAAUAAAAUACAUAAUGGGCCUAUUUCCGGCCCAUUAGCAGCAAAUCCAUCUCUCCACUGUAUCUAAAAACCCUAAAAUUCUCCACAAACUCGCGCGCCUUUUGCCGUUACUCGAAAUCUCAGAAACCUCAAACCAUGGCGGCGGCGAACGACCACACCGUCUUACAAUUCGCGUCUCCGUCACCAACACCCACCGCAACAACCGCAAUCCUCACCGCUCGGAUCCACCCUCUCGUCAUCUUCAACGUCUGCGAUUGCUUCGUGAGACGUCCCGACUCAGCCGAACGAGUCAUCGGCACUCUCCUCGGAUCCAUCUUACCCGACGGAACCGUCGAUAUCCGCAACUCAUACGCCGUCCCUCACAACGAAUCCUCCGAUCAGGUUGCUGUUGAUAUUGAUUAUCAUCAUAACAUGUUAGCUUCACACCUUAAGGUUAAUCCCAAGGAGAUAAUCGUUGGCUGGUAUUCAACUGGUCUUGGUGUGAAUGGUGGUAGUGCUUUGAUUCAUGACUUUUACGCUAGAGAAGUUACAAACCCUAUUCACUUAACUGUGGACACUGGUUUUACGAAUGGUGAGGGUUCUAUCAAGGCUUUUGUGUCUUCGAAUCUUUCACUUGGGGAUAGACAGCUCGCUGCACAGUUUCAAGAGGUUCCUGUUGAUCUUCGUAUGGUUGAGGCUGAGAGGGUCGGAUAUGAUGUUCUCAAGGCGACAGCUGUUGACAAACUCCCAAGUGACUUGGAAGGGAUGGAGCAAACAAUGGAGAGGUUGUUGGCUUUAAUCAACGAUGUCUACAAAUAUGUUGACAACGUCGUGGAAGGUCAAACAUCUCCAGACAACAACAUAGGACGCUUCAUUGCAGAUGCAGUAGCCUCCCUUCCCAAAUUACCCCCACAAGUCUUUGAUAACCUCGUGAAUGAUAGUCUCCAGGACCAAUUACUUCUGUUGUACCUGUCAAGCAUAACAAGGACACAGUUAAGUCUAGCGGAGAAGCUAAACACAGCUGCUCAAUUGCUGUAAUAAGCUUUCAAAACACAAAGGGAAAUGAGGAAUGUUGCUUUUGGUUUCAAUGUCAUUUUUUUUUUUUUGACAAAAAGUUUGCGUAAGAUUCAGUCUCUUUGAUAAGGAGUUUGGUGGUAGUGUCAUAACUAAACCUUGUUGUCAUCAGACUUUCGGAUUCGAGAUGCUAACAAAUUAAAAACAAAACAAUAAUUAACACUAAAACAUACAAUUAUGCGA